AUGUUAACCUAGUAUGAUUAGGUUUGUAAAAAGUGUCCAGAAUAAGCUAGUUUUUGUUAAGGUAAAGCCAUUUAAUUAUAAUUAGGUUUUUGGAGAGAAAGCGAUUAAGAUUUAGAUGAUGAUUAGAUUUUAUAUUGUCAAAAUAAUCCUUAAAAUUGCUAAGAACAAUAUCCUAAUUAAAUAAAAGGCUGUAUAGAAGGAUAUAUAGGACCACUUUGCGAAACCUGUGAUUCAUUUGGAGUAGUUUGGAAUCAGAGAUAUACAAAAACAUAUACAUCCAAAUAUAAAUGCAACUUAUGUAGUUAGUUAAUCUUUUAAGUUUUAGUAAUUUUAGUAAUAGUUUUAUUUAUCAUAUUAUACGGUUUAAGUAGUACUUUCAUGUUUAUGAAUAACUUCAUAUACAUUCAGAAAUGCUUUUACUUGAGGUAAAUGUCUAUUCUUCCAAUAUCAAAGAGCUCUCAAAAGGAUUAUUCGAGCUUCUACUUGAAAAUAUUAAUAAAUUAUUUAUAAAUAAUCUAAUAUAUUCUAAAAUUUUAAUUGAGUAACCUUUAAGAAUACAUUUCAACCAGUUUAGAUCUUAUGUAAAGUCCAUAGUAAUAACUUUAAAACUCUACAGACUGCCUUAUAAAUUCACUUAUAGAUAACAGAAUAUAAAGAAUUAAAUAUAAUCUAAUAUUAGAAGUAGCAAAUCCUAUCUUUUUAUUACUUAUUAUGGGUUUUAUUCUUUUAAUUUUUAAAAAAUUAGGAUUUCUUUAAGUGAGUAAAUAUCAUUUUUAUACAAUAAUGAAUGUGAUAUUUAUAUUCUACUAGCCAAGUUCAAUUGUUUAUUUUAUUUAAUCUUUAAGUUGUAGACAGAUAAGCAAUAAAAGAUAUACUUAAUUAGACAUUACUAUAGAUUGCUAUAAUUAAGAAUAUGAGAAUUUUGUGUACUUUUUUUCAUCUACUAUUAUUUUGGUAUAUAUCCUGAUACCUUUUUACAUUUUUCAUCAAAUUAGAAAAGCUAAGUUAAAAUUAAAUUAUUGCUAAGUUAGAUUUAAAUAUGGAUACUAUUAUACAGAAUAUAAGCCAUAGUUUUUCUAUUGGGAUUUAAUUAGAAUUAAUUUUAGAGUUUUUAUUUUCAUAAUAUUUACUGUUUUAGAAUAAAAUAGUGAUAUUUCUUACUUGAUAAUUUCUUUUUCUAUAAGCUUAUAUUUAAUACUGAUCAUUAUCCUAAGUCCAAUUCAAAAUUUUAGCAUGUUAAAAAUAGAGAUAUAUACAAAAAUAAACAUUCUUAUAUAAAUUAUAAUUUAUAGAUUAAGUAUAUACUAUUAGUUGACAAUAGCAUAGUAUAUCAUCCACAUGUUCCACUUAAUAUACAUAUUCUAUUUGAUUUUGUUAAUUUUCAAUCAAAAAAUAAAAUCUAGUUUAAAUUUCUUUGGUAAAAUCUUCAGAGCCUUAUUAAGAUGCUUAUUAUCCAAAGAAGCAUUUAAUAAAUUUAUAAAUAAAAACUAAACUAGCUUCUAAGCAUAUAAAAGAUGGAGAUUCUUAAAGCUCAUGAUUAAAUAAAUCCUACUAUAAAAUAAUUAUCAAAAACUAAAGAAACAUUCAAAUUCAAGAAAUCAUAAAUCAUGUAUUGAUUUGAAGAUAUCUUAAUUUAUAAAUUAAAAUUCAUUUUUGAUAUAAUCCAAACUCUCAAGUAGUCCAAAAACUCCAAAUAAAAUAAAUAUUUCUAAUAUUUUAACAAAUUCAAUUAGCACUCUACAUAAAAAAUAGACAUUUAAAUCUAAUUUUGGAACUCCAAAGAAAGGCAAAGAAUUAUAAGAGCAUUUAAAUGACUAAUUUAAUUUUGAAAAAUAAAACACUUCCUAAUAUUAUGACACUUAAUAUAAGUUUAAUCAAAAUAAUACCAAUGAAGUAGUAAUGUUAGACAACACAAACUUAGCGUCAAUUCAAAAUGAGAACAGUCUUUUUUAAAAAAAGCAUGAUGUUUAAUAGAAUUAAAUCAAUUAGUAUUCAUUUUGUCAUGAAAUCAGCUCAAACCAAGUAAAUGAAUAAUAUUGA